UUUUUUUUUUUUUUUUUUUUUGGAACGGAGACGCACAUAGGAGGACAUCAUGCCACGGCGCACCGUGCAAGAAGUAACAGUGCAAGAUGUCCAGAAGCGGAGGAAUCCCAACAAACACUAUGUUUACAUCAUCAAAGUGUUGUGGAGCGAUGGCAGCACAGAAAUCAUUUACAGACGCUACAGCAAGUUCUUUGACCUCCAGAUGGAAUUGCUGGAUAAAUUCCCGGUGGAAGGAGGCCAGAAAGACCCCAAGCGCAGGAUCAUUCCUUUCCUGCCUGGGAAGAUCCUGUUCAGAAGGAGUCACAUCCGAGAUGUGGCCAUGAAACGCCUGAGGCCCAUCAACGAGUACUGCAGGGCCCUCAUCCAGCUGCCAGUCUACAUCUCCCAGUGCGAGGAGGUCCGAGUGUUUUUUGAAACUAGACCUGAAGACCUCAACCCACCCAAGGAGGAACCCAUAGGAAAGAAGAAAUCAGGGUUGGUGGAGAGAGCGACUACUUUCCUAAAGCGAGGAGACUCCACCUCGGCAGACCCUCUCCUCCUCGAUCAGUAUGUAGCAGUUACAGACUACGAGAAACAGGAGAGCACUGAGAUCAGCCUUCACGUGGGUCAGGUUGUGGAGGUGAUUGAAAAGAAUGAGUCAGGCUGGUGGUUUGUGAGCUCAGAGGAUGCCCAGGGCUGGGUCCCUGCCACCUGCCUUGAGGCACAGGAUGACCCUGAUGACUUCUCCCUGCCAGGGGAAGAAGAGGAGAAGUAUUCGGUGAUCUACCCAUACUCAGCCAGGGACCAGGAUGAGAUUGACCUGGAGAGAGGCAUGAUUGUUGAGGUGAUCCAGAAGAACCUGGAGGGCUGGUGGAAGAUCAGGUACCAGGGCCGUGAGGGCUGGGCCCCAGCCUCCUACCUGAAGAAAACUGACAUCCAGGCCCAGAAACAGUCAGGGGGCGCUGCUGUCCAUGCCAGUGCAAACGACCUAGAUGGGUUCUCCAAACAAAACCAGCAGAACAAUGCAGCUAAAGAGAACCGAGAUAACAGCCAGAAAGAAAGCAAGCUCUCGCCUUUCUCUGACAACAACAAACGUAAAGUAGGAUCAAGACAAAGACCUCCUCCACGCAGGGAUCUCACCAUUCCACGUGGUGUGCACCUGCCAAAGCCACCCAUCCCUCCUCAGGUUGAGGAAGAGUUCUACACCAUAGCAGACUUCCAGACCACCAUCCCUGAUGGUAUUAGCUUCCAGGCUGGAGUCAAAGUAGAGGUGAUUGAAAAAAAUGCAAGUGGUUGGUGGUACAUCCAGAUAGAUGACAAAGAGGGCUGGGCCCCUGCCACAUUUAUCGACAAGUACAAGAAGACCAGUAAUGCCCUACGGCCUAAUUUCCUAGCCCCUCUGCCCAAUGAGAUGGAGAAGCUUAGGCUGGAAGAUGGCAGUGGUUCUUCAGGUGUCUCAGGCCCAGACGACAGCUGGUCUAAGCCUUUACCAGAUGAGCCAGGUGUAAGUUCUGAGUCCUGCACCCGGCCCAAACUGAGAGACUGGAAAUCUGGUGGCGGCAAAGUGCCCUCUGCCUUCUCUGGGCCAUUACCUCCAGCUCCAGCUGCCCCUCCAGUGGAGGAUAAACCAGCUCUGCCACCUCGUAGGGAGUCCAUUAAUAAGAGCUUUGAAUUGGAUGCAGCAGAAAAACCCAAGUCUGAUCUUUCCAAACCUUUGCCCCCAAAACCACCAGCCCCUGGAGUCAUUAUGCCCCUUGUAACCCCAAAAGCAUCUCCCUUCAAACCAGAUAAGCCACCUGAGCCAAAGAAAGAGGAUAAGAGCAAGGCCCUUCACCUUAGGAAUGAGAUGGGGCUUGAGUGUGGCCACAAGGUCUCUGCCAAAGAGGUGAAAAAGUUUAAUCUGAAACCUGUACCUAAACAGCCACCAAAACCUAAAUCUGACCCACAAGAGGAGAAACCAGAGGCAAGUGGCCCAGCAAUGUUUAUGAAGCCCAAACCAGUGAUCCGUCCCAAACCUGUUCCAGCUGCCAAACCAGAUCCGCCAGCAGAGAACAAGCUGGAUAUCACCAACCUGAGGAGCAAACUGAGACCUUCAAAACCUGCAGAUCUUGGGUCAGCCGAAGUGAACCAUCAGAAUGAUACGUCAGCAGCACCGAACAGUCCCCACACCAGCUCACCUCCUAGCUCUCCCCCCAUCAGUAUCCCUCCUCUCAACAAUGGCAAGCCCUCUGAUGAGCCGAAGUUCCCUCAAAAACAACUUAAUGGUCAUAGCCAAGAGAGCUCAUCACCCACUCCAAAACCUGCAGUGCCUCCACACAAAGAGGCUCCCCAGAGACCACCUGCCAUGGCUCCAAGGAGACCCCCUCCUCCUAAGAAGACUGAACCAUCCAGCCCGACUGAGACCAAACCCCCAUCUGCUCUAAAAGAAGCCCAGGACAACACCAAGCCUGGUCCGCCCCAACUCAGCAGACCUCCUCCCCCAAAACCUAAAGCAUUUGCUCAGCCCCCUCCUAAAGAUAAAGAGGAGCCCAAGGUUAACAAAGCCCCAGUUCCUCCCAAGCCCCAGGUGAAGAGUGAGAAGCCGGGCCCUCCUAAAGACAAGCUUCCACCUUUACUCAAGGAGCCCAGUAAAGAUGAGUUAUACCUAGCUGUGGCGGACUUUGAAGGUGACGAACAAACAUCCGGCUUCAAGAUGGGUACAGUGUUCGAGGUGCUGGAAAAGAACAGCAGUGGCUGGUGGUUCUGUAAAAAUGUAGCAGAAGAAAUCGAGAGCUGGAUCCCUUCGAAUUACCUGAACAAGAAACCUUAGGUUCUGAAUGUCUUCUCUAAUCUAUGGCCCUUUUUGAAAUAUAUAAAAUAAGGAUAAUAAAAACAAA